UAUACGCGCAUUUCCAAUCGCUUGGCGGCUAGCUUUACUUUGUCUACCUAGAUGGCGGCGGGUUUCACACCGGUACUUUAUUUGCUUUUUUGGAGCAUAAACCGUGACUACUUAUUUUCUAGCAACUUUAGCUUUUUUUUCGCUUUAUUUUUUGACUUAUCUAGCUUGCCGUCGUACCAAAUGCAACCAGCUAGUUUGUGCACACGACGAAUGUUGUUCAAAUAGGUAGCUUGCUAUCUAGCUGAAUUUUUGCUUGAACGAAAUAGUAUAUGUAGGCUAUAUAAAUAUAGUUAACCAGCUAAUGAAUAAUUUCACGAUGCCGGUUCUUCCUCAGAACAAUCUGAACGAACAACUCGAGCGAUACAAUAUUAAUGCUGCCCGCCAAAACAAGCUGUCGCUUACCAAACCCAAGUCCAGGGCUUUUUCAUUCAAGAAAUCACCAGACACCACUAAUGUUGCUGUCCUCUCAGAGGUAACAUACUCAAAUGUUUUAUCAGAGUGGAAGGUCAGUGGUUCUCCUGGCAGAAUAGUGUCUAAACCUUUGACAUCUUUAAGAAAGCCUGAAAGACAUUGUUCAAAAGUCGACAGUUUUGUCGUUCCGAACUCCAAUACCAAGUUGCAGAAUUUCACCUGGGAAAGAAGGCCUUCAGUUAAGUUCCCCCCAGCAUUGCACACAGCUCAAAUUCCUCCACAAGGUACAAAACAAGAUACAGGAGGCACAUCAAACCACUUUGAUGCCUCUCUUGGCAUCAGUGCUGAUGAUUUGGAUGACUUUGAAACUCCUGUGAGAGGGAUAAAAGGUUUUUUGGCCAGUCUGGGUGAUUCAGACAGAAGUAAUAAGGGGAGCAUCAUUGGUUCAGAAAAGGCAAAGGACACAAGGACUGAUGGGGCAGAUAAAGUCCUUCACAGAGCUCUGGAGAUUGGUGCUGAUGGAGUACAACAGAAUGGAGCAGAUUUGCAAAGAACAGAGGAUGAUGACUUGGACAGUGCUUUGGUGAAUGUUGUCGCUUCUAGCUGUCACAGUAACAACAGUCAGGGAGCCAAAGGGCGGGAGGACUCUCCUGUUCAAAUGAACAAAGAGGGUUUGUUCGGUCAGGCCCAGUGCUUCCUGAGUGACAGCGAGGGCAACCACAAUAAUGCUCCCAGGUCAUCCGAUACAGAGACAGGUGAUCAGGGUAAACAGACUGAAGCUGUCAUAGACAUUGAAGAUGAAAAGUCUUUGCUGGAAGAUGAAGAUAUUAGGCAAGAAUUAAUUUCUACAUCGUUGGAAGAUGAAGUUUUCAGCACACCUUUCUGUGCAAAGGCACCCAGUGCUGAUGUUGAAUCCAGUCUCAUAGGACGCAUUUUUACUGAAAGAUCAGACUCUGCCAUGCUGGGUAGUCCUACCUUUUCUGAAGUCCAGUCUACAAAGAGCACAUGCAAGGUAGUACAAUCACAUACCUUAAGUGUGAUGGAAUCUAUCUGUGGGCUGGUGGAUUCUAUCCCAGAACACCAGCUGAUAUCGCUGACCUGUGGAACAGAGCUACUGCUGCUCAGAGCUCAGAGAAAGAAGAUGCUAGAAAGAAAGAUGUGGCCCAAAAUGCCACUGAGAACAAACCAUUCAGAGGCCAGUUUGGGAGCAGGUGCGAAGUCCAAAAUGAGCGAAACUCUGUUUACCACCUGUUGUGACCCCAGGUCUGUCAGCCCGCCUUCAGCCAAUGGAACACAUUCUGGGAAGUGCUCACCGCUCAGGAAGUCUUCCACAGUUGGCUAUGAGAGCAGAAUUUUCAGCAAUUCUUCCUGCAUCAUCAGCGGGUUCCAGACCCCCGAUCACAUAUCCAGGCAGAGUGGUGAAUCUGGUCUCAGUGUGACUGAAGCGGCCAGGUGCUGGUCCUCCAGAAGCUCUUAUGACGGGUCACUCAUUAAUGCCCAUUUCUCCACAUCCUCCCUGGGAUGUUCUGACCAGGAGCAGACCUCUGGAAGUUGCUACUUGCCAAAGAGGUCUGGACGCGAUGCCCAGAUCAGUAAUUUAAAAGAGUCCAGUGCUGGCAGCUCAGACACCCUGAUGGAUGACUUCUACAUUGACGAUUUUGACCUUGACCACUUUGAUGAGUCGAACCUUCUGGAUUAUUCUGAAAAUGGCACUGACAUCACUAUCAGUGCCUCUUCUGACACUAAGAAGCAGACAGAAACUGUUGUUCAUCCAAUCAGAAAUGGGGUCAAGGAAAUUUGGGAAAAUAAGGCCACACCGCAAACUCCUUCUGCUCAGCUUCCAAAAGUGAACGCACCAGAGCCUCCUUCCAAAAACCCCGCCCAUGAUCAUUUCCGGGGCUUUGGCUUCCCCCACUCUUCGGAAAUGAUGAAGAUCUUCCACAAGCGCUUUGGCCUGCACCAGUUCCGCUUCAACCAGUUGGAGGCCAUAAAUGCCACUCUGCUGGGGGAGGACACUUUCAUCCUAAUGCCCACGGGUGGGGGAAAGAGUCUGUGCUAUCAAUUACCUGCCUGUGUAUCAGCUGGGGUUACUGUGGUGAUCUCACCACUGAAAUCUCUGAUUGUAGACCAGGUGCAGAAACUCACAACACUGGAUAUUCCAGCCACCAGUUUAUCAGGUGAUAAGACUGACAGUGAAGCUGGCCGCAUUUACAUGCAGCUGUCAAAGAAGGACCCCAUUAUUAAACUGCUGUAUGCUACCCCAGAGAAGGUAUGCGCCAGUGGCAGGAUGAUCAGUGCCCUGCAGAACCUGUAUGGGAGAGGUCUCCUUGCACGCUUUGUCAUAGAUGAGGCUCACUGUGUCAGCCAGUGGGGUCAUGAUUUCCGGCCAGAUUUCAAGCGACUGCAGGAGCUGCGGCAGAAAUUUCCAAGGGUUCCCAUCAUGGCACUGACGGCAACGGCCACACCCCGUGUGCAGAAGGACAUCCUGCAGCAGCUGCAGAUGAGCCAGCCCCAGAUCUUUACCAUGAGCUUCAACAGACAUAACCUGAAGUAUGCUGUGCUGCCCAAGCAACCCAAAAAGGUUGAUGAGAACUGCAUUGACUGGAUAAAGAAGCACUACCCACGGGAUUCUGGAAUUGUCUACUGCUUGUCCCGCAAUGAUUGUGAUACACUGGCAGACAGUCUUCAGAGGGCCGGCAUCGCGGCAUUGGCUUAUCAUGCUGGGUUGAAUGACAGUGACCGGGAGUACAUCCAAAGCAAGUGGAUCAAUCAGGACGGCUGCCAGGUGAUCUGUGCCACCAUUGCAUUUGGCAUGGGCAUCGAUAAGCCAGAUGUGCGGUAUGUGAUCCACGCCAGCCUCCCUAAGUCUGUGGAGGGUUACUACCAAGAAUCUGGGCGCGCAGGCCGGGAUGGGGAGAUCUCCCAGUGUGUGCUCUUCUAUUCUUACACCGACGUCAUUCGCAUCAAGAGACUAAUCAGCAUGGACAGAGAAGGCAACCAUCUGUCGAAACUGACCCAUUACAACAACCUCCACAGCAUGGUACACUUCUGUGAGAACCUGAUGGACUGUAGGAGGAUGCAGCUGCUGGGAUAUUUUGGGGAGCACACAUUUAAUUCCAACUUCUGCAAGGAGCACCCUGAAGUCAUCUGUGAUAACUGCGCCCGUCCAAAUAAAUACAAGAUUCGAACUGUCACAGAAGACGUAAAGAAGAUUGUAAGAUUCGUGCAGGACUACUGUGAAAAGGUUGGAGUUCGACAAAGAAAAUCUGCACAGCAGAGCAGACUGACGCUUAACAUGCUGGUCGACAUUUUCCUGGGAGCUAGAAGCGCUCGUAUCCAGACUGGGCUAUUUGGGGUCGGUGCAGCUUACUCCAGGCACAAUGCUGAUAGACUGUUUAAGAAGCUGGUGCUUGAUCACAUUCUGGAGGAGGAUCUGUAUAUCACCGCAAAUGGCCAAGCUGUGGCCUACAUCUCCAUAGGACAGAAGGCCAAUAGCAUCCUGAGCGGCGUCACACAGGUGGAAUUUUAUGAAUCGGAGAGUGUGUCCAGUAUGAGGAAGCACAAGGCUGCUGUGACUAAGAGUGUGUCUCAGAGGGAGGAAAUGGUGCACAAAUGUCUGCAGGAGCUGAAUGAUCUGUGCAAGAAGUUGGGGAAGGUGUUUGGCAUUCACUACUACAACAUCUUCUCCACUGCCACGCUCAAAAAAAUUGCAGAGACCCUCUCUGCUGACCAUGAGGUGCUGCUGCAGAUUGAUGGUGUGACUGAGGACAAGCUUGAUAAAUAUGGGGCAGAGCUGAUUGAGAUCCUAAAGAAAUAUUCCCAAUGGCAGGUCCCUGUUGAGCAGCCGGAGAACACAGACAGAGGUGAAAGAUGGAUUGACUUGGGGGAGAACAGAGGAAGAGCAGAGGAAGAGGAGGGUGAAGGAAUGUUCAGCAACUUUAAACGGCGGAACCGCAGAGGGGAGAAGCGCAAGAAAACCUCUUACUUCAAGAAGCCUAAGAGACGCAGAGGAGGGCACAGUAACCAGAGCUCUUCCAUAAGCUACAGCAGCAGUAGCAGCAGCAGAUCGUGGAUGCCGUCUCUGAAAGGGAAAGUCCAGGGUGCUCAGAACAGCACUGCACCAUAUGCUGCCGGAAGAAGGCCAGGCAUCAUGGCACUACCCACCCCACAGACCCACCAACGACCCUUCCUCAAACCUGUCUUCUCUCAGCUGGGUUAGGUGUACAGUGGGUGUUUUGUUCCUUUAGAGACUUUUACCCAACACUAAAAUUACUGAACUCUGCCAUUGUAAUUUAUGUCAAAACGUUUAUUUAUCAAUUUUAAUAAUUCCUAUGUGCUCUUCAGGUUACAUUCUGAUGUUCUUCGGGUUUUUACCCUCGGUUUAUGGUACAAUUACCUGCUACAGCAAAGUAAUCACGUAUGGCCUUGCUUUUUUGUAUUAUCAUCAUUGUAAGUACAGAUUACAUUUAUUUUAACAGUUCUGUUGGCACCUAGAAUUUCUGAAGUGUUGUAUGUCAGAAAAGCAGUCGCAUUGCAGUCACUGGGAAAUAUUUGGCCCUUGUUCAAGGUGUAUAGAUAAGCCUGCCAUGUUGCCCCAACGUGAGUGAGUGAGUGAGUGAGUGAGUGAGUGAGUGAGUGAGUGAGUGAGUGAGUGAGUGAGUGAGUGAGUGAGUGAGUGAGUGAGUGAGUGAGUGAGUGAGUGAGUGAGUGAGUGAGUGAGUGAGUGAGUGAGUUUUUCACUUUGCCAUUUCCUUUGUAUUAUUGACAUUCUUUGACAGAUGCUCAGUUCUGGCACCAAAUCUGACUUCAGUUUGUUAUCCAGAAUCCCAUUCCAACUACUUCAUUAAUAUCAGAAAUUAACUUAGAACUAGCUUUAAUUAUCAUGAGCAUUUGUUACUACUUAUAAAGAUAUGCUGUUUACAUUGGUACACAUUUGAACAGUGUACUUCAUGGCUUUGAAAUACAGUCUUUACAGGCAACGCUUUUGUGACUUGGUGAUUCCAGUUUAUAAAGUCUCCCCAGUUGUGUUGGCUACUACAGCAGUUAUAUAAUUUCAUUCUUUAAAAGUCAAAUGCAAUCUCUAAAAAAGAUUAUAGGAAGCCAAUGUGACAUUUGACUCAAUUUGAUGUUCAGAAUUUAGUCUGUGGUUCUGCAUCUGUAAGCCUGCUUACAAAUAAAAAGAAGAAAAAUGUAAUAUAGCGACAAAAUAAA